AUGAACCUCAGCCCAGAAGGCUGCCCGGAGCAGGGGGGCUGCUCCCCCUCGAGACCCUCCAACCUGGUCCGAAUCUUCGUGAGCUCAGCUCCUGCAGAAUCGGCAGCCGAGAGGGAUGCGCUCAUGGAAGCCGCCUACCCAGAGGUGCAAGCCUUCUGCCAAAAACACAGCUUGAUGUUGGAGGUGGUUGACCUGAGAUGGGGCAUCCGUGACGACGUGGAUGCUGGCAGUAGGGCCACCCUCCCACUCCUGCUAGAGGAGAUCGGGCGCUGCCAGUCACUCUCUGAGGGUCCCAGCUUUGUUGCGCUGCUGGGCAGUCGGUACGGCCCCUGCCCUGCCCCUCCGGCCAUCGAGAGCCGGGCGUUCGAGGCCUUCAGGGCUCAGCUCCUGGGGGAGCCCCACGCCCUGCGGCUCCUGGCCCAGUGGUACCAGGAGGACGAGAAUGCCCUCCCGCCCGUCUACAUCCUGCACCGCCCACCCCAGGCCAGCCCUGCCCAAGAGGAGAGCUUGGUCCGGGCCCUGCGCAGAGCUGCCCGGGAAGCAGAGCGCCAAGGACUCGUCAGCGGAGAGCAGCGCCAGCGCCUCCACCAGUCAGAGCUGCACCAGGAAAUGGAGGCUGGCCUCUUCAGCAGAGGAGGCGGCGGCGACCUUGGCGCCCUCGUUUUCCUCAGAGAAGCCGAGGAGGACCUCGCGGUGCCCCGGUCAGAUGGAGAGAGCCCACUCCUGGGGGAAGAAGAGGCUGACGGUGCCCCCGACUCAGAGGAGCAACAGGCGCUGGCAGCCCUGAAGGCGAAAGUCACCUCCCUGCAUCCCCAGCAGCUGAAGGUGCACACGGUCCCCCGCGGCUGGGACCCCACCUGUCUCCGGCACAGGCCGCGGUCCAAGUACCUGGCGGAGCUCUGCGAACAGUUUGUGGCGGCCGCCAACCACCAAGUGCUGGCCAGUCUGAGGAGGAGGCCCCGGGGAGGGCAGUGGUGGCCGUGGCUCCAGGAGCCGGUUCACCACCAGGCUCUCGGCCGCAGGAAGAGCCGGGCCUUCUGCUGGCGGCAGGCGCUGCUGGACCGCAUCUGCCUGCGCCUGAAACAGGACGGCGGCGGUCAGGCCCACUCGCCUCUCGUGGUCCGAGGGCCGCCGGGCUGUGGGAAGACCACCCUGCUGUGCCACCUGAGCCAGGCCGUGCCGUCCGUCCUGGGGCCGGAGGCGGUGGUGGUGCUGCGGCUGCUGGGGACCUCCCAGCUCAGCUCUUCGCUGGACGGCCUGCUCCGGAGCAUCUGCCUGCAAGUGAGCGGGGCUCUGGGCUUGCCCUGGCCCCCUCACGCGGAGGGGGCCGCUAACCCACUCCUCCUCUUCCACACCCUCCUCCUCCAGGCCUCCCGGCAGGGCGCCAAGCCCCUCCUCCUCCUCCUGGACUCCGUGGAGCAGCUGCGGGUGCCCGGGGGUGCCCCUGCUGCCUCCUGGCUGCCCAAGACCUGCCCUCCCAAGGUGCACCUGGUAGUCUCCACUCGACUGGCAGAGCGUGCCGCUCCGCUCCAGGACCCCGCGGACCCCGCGGACUGCUUUGAGAUGGGGCCUCUCUCCCCAGAGGAAGUUGGGGAGGCCCUGGCCAAACACCUGGCGGCUGCAGGACGGACCGUCACCCCUGCCCAGCGGGCCUUGUUCCAGCAGCGCUUCCCUGAAGGCGGGCACGCUCUGCCAGUGGCCCUGGCCAUCGCUGAAGCCCAGCGGUGGGCGUCGUACACUCCCGUUUUGGCACAGACGGUUUCACCCUCUGCCACAGAGGAGGCGCAUCGCCUCUGUGGGUUUCUGGAACAGGCCCACGGCCCCGUUUUGGUGAAGCGGGCCCUGAGCUACCUGGCCUGCUCCCAGUCCGGGCUGUCCGAAGCAGAGGUGAAGGACGUCCUCUCCCUCGACAACGAGGUUCUCUCUGAGAUCUACCAGCUCCCCCCUCCUCCAAGCAGGGCCGUCCUGCGCGUCCCACCCCUCCUAUGGGCACGGCUGUACCGGGACUUGGCACCGUGGCUGGAGGAGAGGUGGGCCGACGGCUUCCUCCUGGUGGGCAUCGGGCACAGGGAGUUCUCGGCGGUGGUGGAAGGACACUACUUGCUGGCCGCGGAGGAGCGGUCCCGCUGCCACCUGGUCCUGGCGGACUUCUUCAGGGGGACUUGGAGCUGGGGGAUGAAGAGGCCGGUGGAACUCCCAUCCUCCAGCAAGCCUGUGAGCCUUGACAGGAAGGUCACCCCUCAGCCGCUGUGGUUCUCCAGCACGGCCGCCAACCAGAGGAAGCUGAGCGAGCUGCCCUUCCACUUGCUGCGGGCGGGACGGAUGGAGGAGCUGCAGCGAGACAUUUUCGGGAACAUGAACUGGAUCUCCUGCAAGGCUGUCGUUUCUGGGGCGGAGAGCCUGGCCAAGGACGUGGAGGCCUGCCUCACGCGGACUGGCUGCCCGGAGCUGUGUCUCCUGAAAGACUGUUUCCUGCUCCUACAGCCUGUCUUGGACAGCGUGGAGGGCCAGGCAGAUGUGAGCCUGGUCUACGCAGAGGUGCUGGCCCGGCUCCAUCCCCUCGUGCCUCCCCACCCCAGCCUCCUCGGGGACCUGUGCCAGCAGUGCGAGAGAUGGCUUGCGGCCCGACCCCACCCAGCCUUCAUCCCUCUCUGCGGAUUUCUCUACCCACCCGGAGGACCUCUGCAGAAAACGCUUCCUGGAUCCCCCAGAGGCACCGCUGUGUUGGAAUUGAGCCUGGAUCACCGGGUGCUUCUGGCUGGCUCCCGGGAUGGAUCCAUGGUCGUGUGGGACACAGGGGAUUUCUCCAUGCUGCACAUCCUUACGGGCCACUCCGCCGAGGUGACGUGCGUGAAGGUGUUUGGGAAAGGGACCCGCGCUGCCUCAGCCGCCCUGGAUCACACCUUGCGCCUGUGGAGCCUGGUUUCUGGCAGAGAGGAGCUCUCCAUCCACGACGCCCAUGCUGGGGGCCGGCGCUGGAAUCAGCUUCACGUUGACGAAAAGAACGGCCUCGUGCACAGGGUGUCCCGCUCAGAGGUCAGUGCCUGGCACCUGGAGACGGCUGUGCCCGCUUUCCGGAUCUCCACAGAAGCCCCGGAGGGGUGGCUCCUCACGGCUGUCUUUGUGCCCAGGCUGGCGGUGGUGACGGUGUCGGAGGAGGGGGCACUCUGCCUGUGGCAUGGCCGCACGGGGCAGCUGCACUCCAAGCACGAGCUGGCGGGGCUGGGGGGGGAAGCCCCCACUUGCAGCCUGCUGCUUCCCAAGCUGGGCAGGAUGGUGGCCGGCUUCAGCGGAGGGUCCCUCCUGACGAUCUCCUCAGAUGGAAACAGCUGGCUGGAAAAGCUCCCAGAGGGGGUCCACUUCCUGGUGCUUUCAGAAGACGAAUCCCUUCUGGCUGCAGGCUUUGGGCAGUGUGUGCGGGUUUUCUCUGUUGAUGCCAAAGGAUCCUGCCGCCUCCUGGCCUCGGACCUGACACACACGGGGGAGGUGCAUGCAGCGGCCAUCUCUGCUGACCGCAACACCGUCAUCACCAGCUCUUGUGGCGAGUGCAUCUGGGUGUGGAGCCUCUUCGAGCAGGGUUUGCUGACCGACGUUUUGGGAGAUGCCGGGGCUCCCAUCACACACUUGGCCCUCUGGGGCAGCACCCUGGUCUCCGCCUCUCAUCACACGCAUGCCCUCAGAGUCUGGGACCUGGGCUACGACCGCAGGCACAAACGGCUGCCUCCUUCUAUGGCUGGCCCAAGGCGCACGGCGCUGUCCCAUGACGCAAAAUACGUCUACUUUCCCCAAGACACCGAUAGCUGCAAAGUUGUCAUCUGGAACUUAGAGAAAGGUGAGGCUUGCGAAGUGCUGGAUGCCUCCGCACCCGUGCAGUGCUUGGAAGUGGCUGAACAGAGGAGCCUCCUCUUUGCCGGGCUGGCGUCAGGAACUGUGCUGGUGUUCCCCUUGGAUGCCGGGCAAGAUGCCGGGUGCAUCCCCCCCGCAGAAAACCCAAGGCCCACCAACCACCUGGCCCUGACCCAGCAGGAGGAGCAGCUGGCCAUUGCCUCCGACGACCUGGUGCAGGUCAUGGACUUGGAGCAGGGCGAAACCGGCCCACUGAUCAACCGGCCCGCCUACACCUUCUACACUCAGGUCCCUGGGGCUGCCAUCUCCAGCCUGGCCCUCCUGGCCGGAUACCGGGUGCUGUACGGCAUGACGAGCGGGGAGCUUUUCCUGUAUGACUGCCCGCAGGCCCAGGUGUUCCCCUUGGAAGCGCACGGCAGCCAGGUCACCUGCUUGACAACCAGCCACGGAGAGAGAUGGGCCAUGAGCGGCUCUGCGGAUUCGCUGCGGUGCCUCUGGGAUGUGGAGCUCUGCUGCUGGAAGCACAAGAUGUCCUUUCAGAAGCACGACUCCUUCUCGUGUGGUGUUCUGUGCGCCUGCUUCUCCAAGGAUGACCGGUACGUGUUCACUGGAUCGCAGGAUCAGUCCAUUACAGCGUGGGAUGUUUCCCAGGGGGCCCUGCUGGCAGUCCAGCUUGUUCAUACGAGUAUUACCAGGAUUGUGCCAACAGCAGAUGGCUUUGUGGCAACAACCAGACUUGGCUACCUCAUCCGAGAUAGAUUCCACUGCCCCCAGUCCACAAGCCCUCUCUACGACCCACUCUGCAACGUCAAAGCAACAUGCAGAGUGACGUCUCAGAAGAGAGAGGGGCAGGAUCCAGGCCGGCUGCCAGGCUAUCGGGGAAAUGCCUCAGAUGGACAGACUCAUAACAAGCACUCUCAAAUUUGUAGGAUUGUGUAA